AUUGGGUGGGAGGAGAGCAGCUGGAAAGCCCUGGACUCUAUGUGUCUGUGGAUAAUCACCACGCAGCUCUGAGGUCAGUCAUGUGGCCCCGGCAGGGCGGUGCAGCGUGCUGAUGUAACGGAGCAGCAGAGACCGUCACACCGGGGGAGACCAGGAAGUUCUACCGGGAGGCUGUCGGUCGGAAGCAAGACCCACACGCCGAUUGUUUGUCAGUAUGACAGACAUUGACGAUUACCAUGAGCAGCUCCGGACGGACGCCCAGUUCCUGUGCUCAGAUGAGAGGAUGGACACUGAACUGGUUGACAGACUGGUGCUGCAGCUGAACAGGAUCUACCCCCAGAUACUCAGCGACAAGGAAGCUCACAGGUUCAGGAAGCUCAGCAUUCCCACCGAGACGCGGUUAGCUAAGCUGUUAAAGUACCUGCAUGGUCAGGGCGAGGAGGCAUGUCAUGAAUUCUACAGAGGACUUCACAUCCACGCUGAGGACGUCUACUCAAGCCUGCCCACGAGAGUCACACUAAGAGAAGUGGCCGAUCCAAAAUGGACUAACACUGUGGCGAUCCACCCAGAGCGAUAUGUGCUUAAUGACAGAGGACCAAUGUUCUUCCUGAGCUGUUUCAGUUUUGCAUUUGGUAUUGCAAUGCUCUACUAUUACGGAGAGGGUGAGACACUGAGAAACACCGGUCCGUUUCUUCACCGCUCUGCAGCAAGAUUUAGUAAAGAUGCUAAAGAUGUUUUCAUUUCCUAUGCUGAGGUUGGCAAGCACAAGAAAGGAGGUCGUUAAGAUGCUGAAAUGCUUAAGGCGCUGUGGGAAGAAUAAGCCGUGAAAUAUGCCACUUUGCUGUGCCAAACUCGUAUACUAUUUGAGAGCUAAGAAUUGCACGCAUUUGUAAGCACUAAUUGACUUGAUAUUUAAUCUGAAGCUGACAAUAAUGCGAGUCAUUCUGUCUUGAAAUUCCCAUAGCUGACAUCUCUUUUACAUAACAUUUUUAAAGAGUCUUAUCUGAAUUUAUUGUGCAUACAGAACAAUAAUAAUUCCAAUCACAUUCUUGGCUGAAGCACAAUAUUAACUGAGUAACUGCACACCCACACAGCUCUUUUCAAUGACUCUGGCUGAUUACACAGCUCAGGUUGAAGCUGGUGGGAAUUACAAUAUGUCACCAAACUCUUUAUUAAUACGAAUGAUAAAGGGUUAAGUUGUCCCGCCCUAACAGGUACAACUAAAGCAACAGAAGAUCAAAGGAGAUGUCAAUCAAACUCUGUUUGUACACGCACACUGUCCUGAGAGGAGGUCCAAUUAGGCUUCAGAAGUGAAAACACCUGUGUUGGUGGCUUGUGAUUGUAAAAUACAUACACAGUUUCUCAAACACACAACAGAUAUCCCCCCCCCCCUUUCUGUGCCUUCUAAUACUGUGAUAGAACUGUCUACCUACUAAAGUGCACUGUAAUAAUGUUCAACUUGUGCUCAAAUAAAGCACAUUUUGACAUCA